GCCCGUGGCCCCCCAGGGCCUUCUACACUCCCCCGAUCCAGACGCCCCACACCCCAACUCAGCAGCCCCGUAACCGGAGAGCUCCAGCUCCUCGGGGGUCUCACCUUCCCUCGCUUCGGCCCCACCGGCCGAGCAUGAUGGCUUACAUCAAACAACCCCAUUACGCCGUCAACGGACUGGCCCUGGCCGCCCCGGGGAUGGAGCUGCUCCACUCGGCCGUCGGAUACCCGGCCACCCCCAGGAAACAGCGUCGAGAACGCACGACCUUCAGCCGGGCCCAGCUGGACAUCUUGGAGGCUCUGUUCGCCAAGACCCGCUACCCAGACAUCUUCAUGCGCGAAGAGGUGGCCCUGAAGAUUAACCUCCCAGAAUCCAGGGUGCAGGUCUGGUUCAAGAACCGCCGGGCCAAGUGCCGGCAGCAGCAGCAGCAGCAGAGCAGCGGACAGACCAAGGCCCGGCCGGUCAAGAAGAAGAGCCCCCCGGCAUCGGAGCCCGGCGCCAGCGGCCAGUACAGCCCGCCGGCGGCCGGCCCGGUGGGCACCCCCAGCUCCACGGUCGGCGCCACCGUGUCCAUCUGGAGCCCGGCCUCCAUCUCGCCGCUGCCCGACCCCCUGGGCACCGCGGCCACCGGCGCCCCUUGCCUGCAGCGCCCGGCCGCGGCCUCGGCCUACCCCGUGGCCUACCCGCAGGCGGCCCCCGCCGGCUACGGACACGGCUACGGGGCCUCGGGCUCCUACUUCGGGGGGCUGGACUGCGGACCCUACCUGUCGCCCAUGCAUCCCCAGCUGGGCGCCCCCGGGGCCGCCCUCAGCCCCAUCGCCACCCCCACCAUGGGGGGUCACCUGAGCCAGUCCCCCGCCUCGCUCUCGGGGCAGGGCUACGGGGCCGCGGGGCUGGGCUUCGGCCCGGUGGACUGCCUGGAUUACAAGGACCAGUCGGGCUCCUGGAAGCUCAACUUCAACGCGGCCGACUGUCUGGACUAUAAGGACCAGAGUUCUUGGAAGUUCCAGGUCUUGUGAGGGGGACGCGAAAGGGGGGAGAGAGGGGUUUCCCCCGACCGCCGGCCGAAGCGCCCUCCCCGGCCCCGCCGCUCGGAAGCCGCCCCGCUGCCUUCCUCUAGCCCGGCCUCCUGUUGGCUUCCUCUCCC